AUGGAUGCUGCCGAUCUGCGAGUACCGGACAUACCGCUCGCUUCGUGUGAUGAUGAGGAUAUCGAUAGUAACAAAAAUUUGAGCAAAUUGAAGCAAAAUCAGCAAUUUAUUGCAGCCGAAACAGCUGAAAUUUCAUGCGACUUUACUGGCUCAAUGAUGACGGACCGAACGAUGGAAUCAGUUGACUCAAUGUACUCGUCAAUGCGAUCACCGUAUCCCUCAUCAAUUCAGUCUUCUGAAGCAGACAUCAAACUUCGAAGUGCUCAGGCGCUAGUCAGCAAUCCAGACAAUCUUCAAGAGCUCUCGUAUUCGAAAUUGGUGACACUAUGUGCUGAAAUGGAGCAGUUGAUUCGUGUCUACAAUGAGAGCUUAGUCGAUGAACUCGCGCAUAGAGAUGAGCUGGAUUACGAAAAGGAGAUGAAGAAUUCGUUUAUAUCUCUUCUUUUGGCAAUUCAGAAUAAACGGCGAGUGUACGCAAAUGACCGGAAACGAAAGGGUGGAAAGGCGUCGGAUGCGUCACAACUGCCGCAGUACUUGACGGCGACAAUUCCGUACAACGAUAAUCAACAUAUCGAUAAUGCGUCGAUCGCAUCUCUUAUCAAAAUUCUUCGCGCCAUCCACGACGACAGUACGACAGUGCCCACUCUUCUGACGGACUACAUACUGACGCAUGUCUGCCCAAAGAAUAUCGCAUGUUAG